AUGAACCUUCUUCCCUCCUUCUCCUUGUGGACAUGGGCCCUUUUGCUUAUUUUUGUAGCCCUCCUGGUAGUGUAUGGAACUUGGCCACACAGUUUGUUCAAGAAGUUGGGUAUUCCUGGGCCAAGACCUCUGCCUUUCUUUGGGACGUGCCUGGAAUAUCGCAAAGGUUUCUUGGUGUUUGACAGUGAAUGUUUCCAGAAAUAUGGGAAAGUCUGGGGGAUCUACGAUGGCAGGCAACCUGUGCUGGCUGUCAUGGACACUCAAAUCAUUAAAUCUGUGCUGGUUAAAGACUGUUACUCCACCUUUACCAACCGGAGGCACGUAGAUCUAGCAGGGGUGCUGAAAGACGCUAUCUCAUUAGCAGAAGACGAACAGUGGAAAAGGAUUCGUACUGUGCUCUCUCCAACCUUCACCAGUGGGAAACUAAAGGAGAUGUUCCCUAUAAUGAAGCACUAUGGGGAAGUUUUGGUGAAAAAUGUUGAAAAGCAAGUGGAAAAGGACAAUUCUGUAUCUGUAAAGGACAUCUUUGGAAGCUACAGCAUGGAUGUUGUCACCAGUACUUCAUUCGGUGUGAACAUCGACUCCAUGAACAACCCCAAAGACCCCUUUGUCAGAGAGAUGCAGAAGCUGGUCAAGUUUGACUUCUUUGACCCACUCUUCAUCUUCAUAUUUGUAUGCCCAUUUCUUACUCCUCUUUUGGCCAAGAUGAACAUAAGCUUCUUCCCCAGUAGUGCUGUAGACUUCUUCAUGAGAACCCUCUCCAAAAUUAAGAGCGAUCGUGAAAAGGAGACUCACAAGGGUAGAGUAGAUUUUCUGCAGCUGAUGAUUGAAUCCCAGAAGUCAACCAGCAAUGGGAGCAAUGGAACAAAUCACUCAUAUAAAGCCCUGACCGACGCAGAGGUCCUGUCACAAGCAUUCAUCUUCAUAUUUGGUGGGUACGAGCCCACCAGCAACAUACUUACUUACCUGGCGUAUGAGCUGGCCACACAUCCUGAUGUGCAGCAAAAGGUGCUGGAUGAAGUCGACACAGUUUUACCCAACAAGGCUCCUCUCACAUACGAGGCAAUGAUGCAGCUGGAAUAUCUUGACAUGACAGUGAGUGAAACCCUUCGGCUCUUUCCCCUUGGAGGACGGAUUGAGAGAACAUGCAAGAAAGAUGUAGAAAUAAAUGGAGUGACCAUUCCCAAAGGAACAGUUGUUAUGAUCCCACCCUAUAGCCUGCACCGCGACCCUGAGUACUGGCCAAACCCAGAGGAGUUCAGACCAGAAAGGUUCAGCAAGGAAAACAAAGAGACCAUAGACCCAUAUACGUACCUGCCCUUUGGAGCUGGUCCCAGGAACUGCAUCGGGAUGCGGUUUGCUCUCCUGACUCUGAAAGUUGCCAUUACCAUCCUAUUGCAACAUUUCACCUUUCAGACCUGCAAAGAAACUCCGAUCCCUCUCAAGCUGACUUCACGGGGAUUCUUAAAACCAGAGAAACCAAUUAUUCUGAAGUUAGUCCCCCGGACCAACACCACACCUGCAGAGGCGUAA